AAGAUUUCUUUAGUCUUGUGUUGUCGACCUUCCAGCUUCAGUUCAGUGACGUUUGAAUCUCACAGUGACUCUGAUGAAGGAGUCCGAGUCACAGGUCAGAGACUCGUCAGGUGACCUGGAUCAAUGACACCUGUGACACCUGAUCAGGUUCAACACGUCACAUGACUCUGAGGUUGUUCCUGAUUCUUCAGGUGUUUGUUCUCUCCUCCAGAAACAAACAGACGUCUGCAGCUCCUGCUGAGAGUCACUGACUCAGACCACAGCCGAGAAAGGUCACACCUUCACCUUCAUCUUCAUCAUCUUCAUCAUCUUCAUCAUCUUCACUGAGGUCAUCCUCCAACACACAGCAAGUGUUUUAUCAAAACAAAAGUUUAGAAUCAAGAUGAUGAAGAUGAUGAAGAUGAAGAUGCAGCCGUUCCAACAGACUGAAGGAGUUGAUCUUCAUCUUAAUGACAAAAUAAAUAAAUAAAUAAAUAAACAUCAAACAGCUGCAUGAUUUAUGACUCAUCAUCAUCUUCAUCUUCAUCAUCAGUUCCAUUCAGUGUGAGCGCGUGCAGAGCCCCUCCCUCUCUGACUCACUCUCAUAUAUAAAGUAGAAUCAGCUGCAGAUUUUCAGUCCAACUAAAGAAACGCAGACGCUCGACGAUCAGGGUGCAGCAGAGUGUGGACAUGAAGCUGAAUGUGCUGUUGUGGGUCGUGGCUCUGCUCGCUCUCCUCCUCCCUCGCUCCGCUGACUGUCGACCCUCCAUCGCUCCCACCGCCCACCGCCUCCUCCCCCAACCCCUGCUCCUCCGCCUGGGGGAGGAGUUCUCCCUCCGGCUGGGUGGAGCUGGACUUUCCUCCUCCUCCUCAGCGGUGAACCGGGUUCUGCUGCAGCUCACACAGCGCCUCCUGCAGGCCCGGGCGGAGCAGCAGCAGCAGCAGGAGGAGGAGGGAGAAGGGGAGGAGAAGGGGAAGAGGUCUGAGGAGCCUCCCAUCUCUCUGGACCUGACGUUCCACCUCCUCAGGGAGGUUCUGGAGAUGGCACGGGCCGAGCAGAUCGCCCAGCAGGCCGACAGCAACCGCAGGAUGAUGGACACGUUUGGAAAAUAAGAAUCCUCACUUCCAGAGUUUUCAUCUGAUCAGAGCCUGUUUCUGACGCUUCACGAAAUAAUUUUAUUUAUUCAUACAUUCAAAACAAACAAAUCAACAAUAAAGUGCAGAAAACAAACAACUGAAAUAAAUUAUUAAUUAAAUAAUUUUUUUGUUCUAUAGAAACUAAACUUUCAGCUGUUUUGACAUUUCAUAUCUGGAGGAUAAAAAUACAAAUUAACAAACACUUAAAUCAAUACAGAAUUAUGUAAACAAAGAUUUUAAUAAAAACAUAGAAGCUACAAUUUAAAUUCAUACAUUUGUGCAUGUUGGAAAUUAAUUGGAAAAUAAAUUAUACAUGUUUAUUUCUGCAUAUUUAUUUUAUUUUUGUAUUUGUUUCUGUAGAAAUAGAUUAAAUACAUUAUUUUCUUAAUAAUUACCAAACUGUGUUUAUUUAAUGUUGCAUUUAAUUAUUAAUGGAUCAAUUAAAUCAUUUAUUUAUAUUAUAUAUUGAUGAAUUAGUCAUUUUUCAUCCUCCAUAUUCAGCUGUGUUUCAGUUUUGUGGUUUUUAAAGUAGUUUUUUUUCAUAUUAAUAUUUAAAUGUGUAAAAUCAGAUGUUUGCUGUAAAUGUCAACAGUCUGAUGGAUCUGUCUAAUACCUGGAUUCUCUAAUAAAUGUGUGUGUGAGCAUC